AAGCUAGAGGGAGAGAGGGAGAGAGAGAGAGAGAGGGAGGGAGAGCGAGGCAGGCAGACUGCCACUAUCAGGGAGCUGGUGCCAUUUUCAGCAUCGCAGGGUAAAAGGAUUGAGCCUCGCCGCUGUACGCCGUACGGCUCAGUUCAGCUCGCCUCAGCUCAGACCAGCUGAACAGGAGGGGAAUUGGAGGGACAACAAAAAGAGGAGGGAACGGCCGACCCCUAACACAGAUCCCUCAAUCCCCCCUCCCCUUCCCCCUUUCCUGUCUCACCUCACCUCCCCCUCCCUACUCUGGCUACAGACGGAAAGAGUAUGCAGUCCUUCCGUGAGCGCAGCGGUGGUUACCACAGCAACCAACCCUGCUACCAGCAGGAACCCCAUGAAUUAUCCCGCCUGGAGACCUAUCGGCAACACCCGCAUCAUCCCCACCCCCAGCACCCACAUCCAGGCCCUGGUCCUCAUCCAGGCCCAGGCCCAGGGCAUACCAGGUCAAGCUAUGAGGCCCAUCCGCUGGCAAAUCCUACGAGCUUGCCUUCAGCUGGAGGACCAGGUAUUGGGGGACCCAAGGAUUGUUACAGCCAGCAAUCCUAUGCUAGUUACCCAGGCAACGGAGGAGGGAAUGGUACUGGAAAUGGGGGCUCUGCAACAACGCAAGCAAAGAAAUCCUUCAGAGGAAAUAAAGUGCCCCCACCAAACCCCAGUCAGCAUCUGCAGGGUCCUGGAGGUUAUAGUAACCAUGUGGGCCCUGGGAAUUACACUGCCCAGUAUAUGAGUGAGAACCACCUGCAGCAAAAGUGGGACGACCCAGCCCAGUUGGCACAGUAUGAGCAGGAAAUGGUGGGACGUUUAGAGGCUGGUGGUACCCCUGCACCUGCUGCUUCCCAAUACAUGGACCAGAAUAUGCUGGGGCACUCCCAGAACCAGUGUCACCAGUCUUCUACCCCCGCCUACACCAGCCCCCACCAUCAGCCUCACACUUCUAACCCUGCCCCCUCACCUCUCAUGUACCCCCAGAGCCACCUGCACUACCCACAGCACUCGCCUUCUCCAUCAUCUUACAUGGAGAAGUGUAGCCCUAUGCCCCAUUGUUAUAAAGGUUACAACAUGCCUCCUAAUUCCCAGUAUGGCAGACAAAUGAGCAGCCAUAGCAAUCUGAAGCAGGGAGGCUACAGGUCAAACCAGAAUAGUUACGGUUACCAGCAGCCUCCCCCCAGAGGUUAUGAGCAGCAGCCUCCUUUACAUGGCAUGACUAACCCCCAAGAGUCCCACCCAAAGUACCAGCACUACAGCCAACCUCAACAAAACUACUGUCUAUCUGAGCUGCCUGUCAGAUCACCAGAACAGUAUUAUCAAACUUGUAGCCCCUCUUCCAGCCACUCACCUGCACGCUCAGUGGGACGCUCCCCAUCUUACAGUUCCACCCCUUCACCACUAAUGACCAAUCCAGAGUCAUUCCAGUACGGCCAACCACCCAUGACUCCUGGGACAGCCUCCUCCUCAUCAUCCUCUUCAGCUGGUAUGCAGGAGCAAGCCAGUACCACCAGCACCAUGUUGAUACCCCCACGUUCACACCCCUCACCAAACGUACCUCACGCAGUCCCUCAUAGCUACACUACCACACAACAAGUCCCCACCAUGAAAGAGCGCUUCUCUGAGAAACUUUUAUCAAACCCCAGUUUGUGGAGCCUGAAUGCCCUCACAUCUCAGGUGGAGAACAUCUCCAAUAAUGUCCAGCAGCUACUGCUUUCAGAGGCCCUGGUUGCCAACAAAAAAGGUAGCAAGCGCAACAGUGGUGGGAGCAACAGCAGUGCUGGAAGUGGAGCAUCCUCCAAAAAGGGUGAGGAGUACAAAAGUCCUUCAUAUGCAGAUGGUGGAAGUAGCGUUGGUGGGGGACCCAUGCCGGACCCAUACUCUACACCACAGCAUCAGCCAUUGCCCAUGGAACUCCAUGAGGGAGGUUACUCGAGUAGUAGUGAUGAACCACUUGACAGGGGCUACUACUACUUUGGCCAGGGGAGAAGUCCAGCCCAGGCUCAUAACAACACACAACUCAGUCUGGACACAGCAUCUUCAUGCUCCAUGGCAUCUCCAGACGAUAUGUCCACCAGGUCUGGGGACUCAGGUUUGCACAACCUUACUCCUGACCCCAAUAGAUGUCAAUCGGUGCCGGGAGGAGAUGGCAUGAGCACUCCAGUAAAGAGUAUUAGUGAUGAGAGGUCUCCAACAAGCAUCACAAUCCCUAGUCCUAUGAAACAAGAAAGAGACUCUCCUUCAGAUGUACAUAUCAAUGAACCUGUCAAAGAGAAUUUUGAAGAAUCAGCCUGGACAGAGAAAUCAGCUGACAAAGAAGAGCUGACAACAGAAAAAAACCUUGACUGUGAGAGCGAUUUAGACACAACUAAAUCUGCUGAGAAACUUGAUAAAUGGUCAGAUGAAGAGAAAUGUCCAUCUGUAUGCAGUGAAGUUAACAAAGAGGUGACAGAGAAAAGAUUUUGCUUUGAGGAAACAAUGUACCAGGAGGUCCAGAGCAAAUAUGACCCUGACGCAGGAGAUUCAGUUGAACAGUCCCCUGCAGCUCUCUCAGACUCCAGCCACAAAGAUCACUUUGGCCAAGAGAUGAAAUCUGAAACAUUCAAAUCAGAGUCCCCAACUGCAUCUGAGAGCUCAGUGAAAACAUUGCCUUUCAUUUCAAGAGGCGACCUUGAGCAGGAUCAGUAUUCCAUAGAUAAGGAUGACAGCUCAGAGAACACCUCUCCGACACCACAAGUCGAGACUUUGGAAGACAGUAACUCAGACAAGACUGGAAGCAGAGAUCAGGAGAAUGAGGGGGGAGAGGAAAAAGGGAGAGCAGAGGAAGAGGCAAAUGAAGAGGAGGAUGAAGAUCAAAAAUGUUGUCUUUCACCUCCUUUGUCUGCAGAAGUGAGAGUGGAAACUGAGGAUGAGGGAGAUGUGAGCCUGUCGUUAACUGAGGAACAUAUGAAUAAUAAAGAUGGGCCGGAGAAGACUUCAGGAGAUCCCAGCAGCAAAACAGAAACUCACAGUGCUGAGCCCAACAUUGACAAUGAAUUUGCAGGGGCUCCGGCCCAUCCAAAUGCUGCAGCAGCAACCACAGCAGCAGAUGCUUCGGCAAGGGAGUCAGCCAUUGGUGACACUGCCCCUCAGCCUCAGUCUGCUAUGCCAGUAUUUUCUGCUCUCAAUGACAAGGCACCUGGAGCUCAGGCCAGGGAUCAUAUUGAUCAUAGUGAUGCUAAAAUGCUGGAGCCAGACUCUCCUCAGCUACCAGGGAAGUCAAUACUUCCCUCAGCACCCUCCUGGGCAGACACUCCACCUUCCCCCCAAAAAGGUGAUGAGGACAUGGAACCAGGCAUAAGCUGUUCAAGUGCUGUGACUCCCUUGGCCAAGCCAGAGCCAGUGGCUCCAUCUGCACAGCCAAGGGCAUUUGGACGCAAGUAUGCUCGGGGCAGAAGAAGAAUCCUGCAGUCAGGUGUGGCGAUCAGGCGACAGCUAAGCUUGGAAAGGGAUGGGGAAAAGGAUGAGGAAAAAGCCCUCUCUGCUAUGAAAAAAGCAAGCAUGCCCCCAAGCAAAACUGAGCUAUUCUCAGAUCAAAUGGACCUAGCUCAUAAAGAAUCUGAAGCCAGUCAGACUCCCAAAAUGCUAACUGACGGUUUUCGUUCAAGAAUGUGCACACGCUCAUUCAAUUCAUCAGAUUUGCCACCCAAAUCUGAACCUCACACUAAGAGAAAACCAGGCCCAAAGCCAGGCCCAAAACCAGGAGCGAAACCAGGGCCAAAACCUGGUACAAAGCCAGGGGCCAAACCAGGAGCAAAACCAGGGCCUAAACCUGGCUUAAAGCCUGGACCUAAACCUGGGCCAAAACCUGGGUGCAAGCUAGGACCAAAACCUGAUCCAAAUGAACUGGAGAUACCACUGAAAACUGAGACUCCCCUAAAACGAAAACCAGGACCCAAACCAGGUUUAAAACCUGGAACAAAACCGGGACCAAAACCUGGACUAAAACCUGGGCCAAAACCAGUACUAAAGCCAGGUCCAAAACCAGGACCUAAGCUUGGACCCAAGUCUGCAGAUGUUUUGCCCCCCACUGACACUAUACCCAUCAAGGCUCCAGUGGGUCGCCCCAAGGGCUCAGUUUCUAAAGCAAAGCUUAUGCAACAAGAAGAUAUGGUUCAAACUUUUACAGGUCUUCAAAGGGGCAGGAAGAGUCUGAAAACUACAAUUUUACAAGUAAACCAAGAAGUAAAACCAAUUCAACAAGAGGAAAAACAAACACACCAUGAAGCAAAGACACCAGAGAAUGAGGGUAAGAACAUGGUCUUGAGAUCCAGAAAACCCUCCCAGGACAACUUGUCAAAAGAAAAAGAAAAGAUCAUAGGGGAUGAAUUUUUAUCCCAGACUUUAACAGAGAUUAAAGUUCAUGAUGUUUCAUCGGUAGAAAAAUUCAUAACUGAAGAACAAACUUUAAUGCAAAUUACUAAGUCAGUCGAAAACACAGAUGUUACAGGAGACGUACCACGAGUCCCGACUGAACAACCUGAAGAAAAUAUACUCAUUCCACUAAAACGCAAACCUAGCCCAGAAGUUUCUGCAACAGCAGUUAAGAAAAAGAGGGGUCCAAAGCCCAAAGCAAAAAGUUUACCACCUCAACCCUCCAUCCUAGAACAAGGUGUGCCAGCACCAAAGGAAAAGAGUGCCCGGGGCUCUAAGAGAAAGCGAGGGCCACCCAAGAAAGAUUAUGUGGUCACUCCCUUAACCAAAGACACUCCCAUCAUCACUGGUCCUGAAAUCACUAGUGAUGUGCCUGUGGUGAUUCCUCAAUGUCCCACCAAAACAAAAGUUCUCCCACCACGCAAAGGUAGAGGACAGAAAUAUGAGGCUAUGGUGCAGAAGAUUACAUCUCCCAGCUCAAAAAAGCACCUCCCAAUUCCCCAGCUAGAUACCAAUCUAAUUGAUGACGUGUCAACCAAGACUUUGUCUGAACAUAUCCUGAAAGAAGGAGGGACAUCCAUGAUAAAUAACAGUGAGGUGACAGAGUCUAGACAUGAAGGGGUAAAAGAGCACAAAGGGGCAGUAAGAAUAGAGGAGGUGACACAAGAAAGAGAAAAGCAUGAGGUGAAUCAAGAGGCAUUAGCAACAGAAGGGGCGAGGCACGGGGUGAAAGAAGAGGUUGUAAAUGAGAAUGAGACUCGACAUGAAGGCAUUAAACCAAGGACACAGUCUGAUGACACAGCUGACAAGAUGUGGAGUUCAACGGAGACCCCAGUCCAAGUCAGGACUCCAGAUGAGUGGACACAACAAGCCUUAGAAAGUGUACCUCCUGCUGCUACUAAGUCUGCCAGAACUAAAAGAAAGAGAUGGGCAAUGGUGGAGAGUACAGAUGCAUCAGUUGUAGCCUUGGAAGCAGGGAGCCUAAUAGUCACAACACCAAGGCUAGCCAAGCAAAGGGCCAUUAAAAACAACCAUGAGAUGCACCUAAAACAAAGGAGAAAGAAGAGAAAAGGCCAAGCUCCUCUAGAUGAACCAGAGAUGUCUGAGGAGAUGAACACCGAAUGUGCAGAACAAGAGGAAAGAGUAGAAGAAAAGGUAAAUGAAAUGGAGUCCACAGAACCUCUGCAAAUCAGCCCAGAUGAGAUCAUCGAAACCCCCUUAGCGACCAGUAUAGAACUCAGCCAUAAAUCGCGAAGAGGCAGAAAACCAUCAGCAAAUGUAAUCAAAAGGAAACAAAGCAAAGCAUUGUCAGAGCAGAUUCCUGGCAAGCCAAUGAAGAUCCACAAAAAGCCUGGGCCAAAACCUGGGAUGAAAGAUGCCAUUGAGGUAAUUGAGGCAGUAGUAAGGGCUGCAGGAUGUGAACAGGCUGAGAAAGAAGAGAGAGAAAAAGAAGAAAGUGAAAGAAGGGGAAGAGAAAACACAGAAAAAGAGGAGACGUGUAUUGCCGGUCCUGUAGUGACAGUAUCAGAUAAACAGACUGAGAUUAUUACUGUGAAAAGAAUAAGGCGCAAACCAGUCCAUCAGAAUUCUAAACUGUCUUUUUGUCCUUAUGUACGGAUUAAUGACUCCAGAGACUUUUCCUCUUGGUGUGCUGUAGUCAAUAAGCCUGAGGACGCAGUAAUAUUUCAGAGACGGAGAAAAAAGGGUAUACUCAGAAUGAGGAACCCUUUCACAGUUGCAAAAGUUGUGCCACAUACUGCCGCCAUGCUGCAGGGACCAAUGGUGAAUAAAAACCUAAUUGGCAGAUGUCUCACAUGUUGCCUGUGUGGAAAACCAGCAAAUUAUAAAGAUCUAGGCGACUUAUGUGGACCCUACUACACAGAAGAUGGCAUUCCACGGAAAAUCUUGACGAUCCAGGGCACAGAAUCCUUCAGGGUAGAGUCAGAAAAGACAAAUGACAACAGCGGUAGCAGCACUGAAUUACCAGGUAGCUCCUCAAAGAAUGAGAAUGAGGGCAGCACAGAAGAGGAGGGAAACAUAGAAGCAUCGACCCAGGAAGGCAGCAGUAGUAGGCACCAUCAUUGGCACUACCGACGGGCAGAAAGAAAGGAAAGAUUAGGUCAGGAGGAUGGUCCGCGAAGAUUAACUCUCCGAGAGAGGUUCAGGAGAAUGAUGCAACUCCAGGCCAUCCGCACGGCGGCCACAGGGGACCAAGACGGCAAUGACAGUACGCUCCAAAGGCUACAACUGGAGGCAGAGGCCAAGGAGCACUGGGCGCACGAAAACUGUACCAUCUGGACCAAGGGCAUAAUUAUGGUAGCUGGGAGGCUAUACGGACUAAAGGAAGCUGCCAACAACUCAGCACAAACGGCUGCACAUUCCACGAGGACGACUUCUCCAUCAAAUGUCCCAAGCACGAGGACCUGUAAGAUAUUCCUGCGUAUCACCUUCACCAACAACUCCACCUCUCUGCCACCCACAUCCAGCGAGACAAAAUGCCGUCCUGACGAACAGCCACCUAAAGGCACGGCGAUGACUGAUGAUGGACCGGCAUGUCGGGCAGUGGAGCCGGGGGCCGGGGGUGCGGUAAAAGGCUGCAUCGACGUGAAGCUAGGAGCAAUACAAACCCCGGAGAAAAGCUCCACGGAGAACAGCUGCACCCCCAACCCGAGAAUUUAUUUUUCUUGAUAACUGAGCCCCUUUUACUGCGAGGCAGAGAGCAGCGACGCUGUUUGACAGGAGGACAUGCUGCACGGUUCUGUUUGAAAUGCAGAGCGAGGAAAGCGCAUGUGUUCUGCCUUCGGAUGGGCCGCUAUCACAUCCAGACACCUGGCGGACACUGAUUGGACAGGAACACCCCUCCGGCCACCGUGUCCAGGGGGGCCAAGAGGUGUGGCGGCGGCGUCGGCGGGUGGGGGGGGGGGGG